UGUGCCAUGUGCCUAUCAAAGGACGAAUUCCGCUGCACCAAGUGCCAGAGCAUCAGCUACUGUUCCGAAGAAUGUCAAAAAGCCGAUUCACAAUGCCACCAACCCCUCUGCACUAAUUUCACCCAGCAAGGCGCCCGACCCUCCCCACAACAUCGCCUCGGCCUCGAAUUCCCAGACUCCGGCGCCGGUCCACGUUUUGUUUGGGUGCAAUGUGAAAUGCGAUAUGAAGACGAUACUCUGUACCAAUUUCGAAAUAUGAAGCCUUACUUUGACCACGCAUCGGGAUACACGUAUCCAAGGCAGCGCAUCAUACGACGGAAUUCGAGGCUCGAUCGUCCCCUACGCAACGCUAUUGAGCUUACAAGUCGAGAUGGGUUUCUAGUAGAUGGGUCGGUACAUAACCCAGCUGUGUACUUGGCUGCAUCGUUUGGAGGCCUAGGAGAAGUACCAGGGGAUUGGAGAGGGCCUGUUGUUGUGAUGAGAGCAAAAGGUUGUGGUGUUGAUUCAAAUCCUUAUUUGGACAUCACCAUGGGUGACUUCCGUUGCGUUAUGGAUUACUUUUGCAAUUUU